AAAUCUGGUAAUUCUUUGUUUUUACAUUCAUCGGGCCCCAAUAUGCCCAAAUAUCAAAGAGAAAUUAAAUAUGCCCGCUGUGGAAGAGUUCGGGUCUUAGGAGGUUAAUAUAAAAUGCGGCCUGUGACCGCACAGUGGCGCUCUUUGACAGCUAACUCUGUGUCUCGUCACUCAUUUCAGAGUAUGUGGGACUUCUCUCUGAGGCUGUGGCGCCGUCAUUUUGUUCUGGAUUUGUUUCCUCUGCGGACUUUGGAUAACACAUCACAUCUUCUGAGUGCUUCAGUGAAUGAAACGUGUGCUUGUAGUGGUGAUAGCGGCUUCUUGAAGGAGGUGCGUGUUUAUGCGUGUGUGUGCAUCGAUCAGCUGCAUCAGCAUGUUGCCACCUGUGAAGAAGGACCGGGUUAUUACUCAGCUCCCAAAGUGUUUUAGUGCAAAUGCAGCGCUGCACACCAAAGAAGGCUUCCACCCGCACGUGAAGGCUGCAUGCCAGGUCCAGAAAGCAGGCACAGUGAGCUUUAAUGUUGCUAAGGUCAUCGUCGUCGGUGAUGUUGCAGUUGGCAAAACGUGUCUGAUCAGCAGGUUCUGUAAGGGUGCGUUUGAGAAGAACUACAAAGCGACUAUAGGGGUGGAUUUUGAGAUGGAGCGCUUUGAGGUGCUUGGUGUUCCCUUCAGUUUACAGCUAUGGGAUACAGCAGGUCAGGAGCGCUUCAAGUGUAUCGCUUCCACCUAUUACAGAGGAGCACAAGCCAUUAUUGUUGUGUUUGACUUAAGCAGUGUGGGCUCACUGGCUCAUGCCAGGCAGUGGCUUGAAGAUGCUAUGAAGGAAAAUGACCCGUCCAGUGUCUUAUUGUUCCUUGUCGGUACCAAGAAGGACCUCAGUUCUCCUGACCUGUUGGCUCAGAUUGAGCAGGAAGCCAUGAGGCUCUCUGAGGAAAUCAAAGCAGAGUACUGGGCUGUGUCUGCAAAGUCAGGAGAUGGUGUGAAGGACUUCUUCUUCCGUGUGGCUUCUUUGACUUUUGAGGCCAAUGUUUUAUCUGAGCUGGAGAGGAGUGGGUCGAGGCAUGUUGGUGACAUAAUCAGGAUCACAGACAGCACAGAGACCAGCCAUAAACCAAAGAAGAAGCCCAACUGCUGCUGAGAUUGGAUGAAUAUCUGCCAGGAAUUUUCGGAAGCAAUUACCCAGCAACACGAAAUGGGACGUGCAACAGGAAAGUUAAGAUGAAAUGCGGACAGUACGGCUCGCUGUGAAUAUCACGAGUAGAACCCAUGAAAGAAAGGUCACAGUGCUGAUAAUGACCUGAGAAGGAUUCAGCAAUAGGUCAAGAUGUAAAUUCUAAGUGGUUCCUGUAAACAGGCCUGUCAGCUGACUGAUCUGAGCAGUGUAAUCUCAGGAAUGUUUAUAGCUGACUGCAGUGACAACAAACAGGCCAUUGUGAUGUCCCUGAUUAUGUAAACAUUUAUGAGAAGAGGAAGAUUAUUCUCCACUACAACCACCAUUAAAUUGCACUUUGUUGAUGCUUUUAAAACA